CCUGCAUAUAACGUCGGUAUUUGCAGUUCAGUACCACAACAAACAACGAGCUGAUUCUUUGCUCAAGUUCUCUUGUUAUUGCGAGAAAUUCUCCCCUCGAUGACACUGUGAGGGAAGUCCGACAAUAUAUGUAGAAAACUUGCCUUUGGUUCCAACAGCAGUGACUGUUGGUAAGUGUUUUCUCGACACCCUUGAUAACUUUCUGUGGCUUCCCAUGUGCCGGCCAAAAUGGCAGCCGCUUUAAUUGCUGCUCUGGGACUGGACCAGCCCAACGUGCAGUCGUCUUCAUUCGCUGUUCUGGAGAGAGGAAAUGCAGAUUCCAGCUUCGUUCUGUCCUGCUUCAUGUGGGAAUGCCUCGUGGGCCGCCCUGCGCGAGAGUCCCGAGCCAACGGCCUCCUGCUUCCCAGAACGUCAGAAUCCUCAACCGCAGUGCUGCUUCUGAGCUGUCAUCAUUCUUCUGCCCACUAUCGCAACCAGACCCUGAAGUUGGGGUUGAACUUAACAAGUUUGAGCCAGAAAGGUUUAUUUGAAGAGCUUGAUCUGAUGAAAGUGAUCAGCGAAUCACUAUCUGCCAAGAAAUUAUCAGCUGAACUUGUUGAUGAACAAGGGACCAUCGCUGUCAAAAAUCUAUUUUUGAGUGUUAGGAAUAAACUAAUGAAAAUGAGAGAGAACUUCAAGUCAGUUUGUUUAAUCAUAGGAAACAUAAAUGAUAUUGUUACCUCAGGAGUGUCAUUAGAACAUGUCUUCAUUUUCAUCAACUACCUACAGGGCCUUUUAUCUGAAAUCAGCAACAUGUCACUUGUCAUUUCUUCUCAUGUGACUGAUGAAGAUGAAAAUGAGCGUCUCCUGGGAACAUUCAUUAAAAAUUCAUCGGAUUUGACUGUACUAGUAUCAGGUUUGCAAACAGGGCUCAGUAAAGAUGUUUCUGGCUGCUUGAGUGUGCUGGGUCAGUCUGUGCCUUCCGGUACCUACCACUACCGGCUGAUGGACCGCCAAGUGAAAAUGUUUUCUCCUGGCUCAAGUUCUGUUUAGUAAAAGGUUGUUUGUUUCGUUUUUAUUUUUUAGAAAAGUGUUAAAAAUA